AUGGGUUUUUCCUUAUUUAUUCUUCUUAUAUUCUUCGCAAUUUUAAAACUUUCCAAAUCUGCCCCAGAUUACACCACUUUAGUAUACAAGGGUUGUGCUAAACAACCCUUAUCAGAUCCAAAUGGAUUAUACUCUCAAUCACUUUCUGCCCUUUUCUCAUCCCUAAUCCAACAAUCAUCAAGAUUCAAGUACUACAAAACCAGCUCUGGUGGGUCCCAAUCCACAAUUUAUGGCCUUUACCAAUGUAGAGGGGACUUAAGCUAUGCAGAUUGCCACAAUUGUGUAAGUAAAUUACCCCAAUUAAGUGAUCAAUUAUGUGGGAAAGUUUCAUCUGCUAGGGUUCAACUUUUGGGAUGUUAUAUGGUCUAUGAAGUUUCUGGAUCCACCCAAAUUUCAGGGUUACAAAUGUUGUUUAAAGCUUGUAGUGCAACAAAUGUGGCUGGUUCUGGGUUUGAGAUGAGAAGGGAUAGUGCACUUACUUUAAUGGAAAAUGGGAUUGGUAAUGGAAAUGGUAAUGGGUUUUAUACAACAAAUUAUGAAGGGGUUUAUGUAACGGGUCAAUGUCAAGGGGAUUUGAGUACAACUGAUUGUGCACAGUGUAUUAAAUCUGCUGUGCAAAAGGCUCAAAUUGAGUGUGGAAGUUCAUUAUCUGGUCAAGUUUAUUUGUAUAAGUGCUUCAUUACUUAUAACUAUUAUCCUAAUGGAGUUCCUACAAAAUCUUCAUCUUAUUCAUCUGGUGGUUAUUCAGGAGGAUCAGGACAAACAACAGGAAAAACUGUUGCUAUAAUCGUAGGAGUAACAGCUGGUGUAGGAUUCUUAAUUAUUUUGGUACUUUUUCUAAGAGGGUUGAAGAAGAAGGACGAUGAUUAUUGA